GAGAGAGAGAAGGGAUGUGACCACCGCUUUUGUCUCGCACACCUAUCGUUCUCUCUUUUGACGCCCUUUUCCCUGUGUUAUUCACCUCGAAGGGGUUCGUUCUCCAUGUCGGCUUCCUUCUUCUCUCUCUCUCUCUCUCUCUCUGUAGGUUGUCUGUGAAACCUUGCCGGAACGGUUGAAUCAAAGAGCGGUCUUUCUUUUGGUGCAAUGGAAGCAGCAAAAGCCGAGUCUCCUCCUCCUCCUCCUCUUCUAGUGGAGUUGUCGGUAGAGGCGCUGAGGCUCCUCUCAAGAUGGUAUCUUUCCCUCUCCACCCUCUCCUCCCACCCUCUCUUCGCAGUCCUCGCCGCCGCUUCCAUCCUAGCCUUCCUCUACCUCCCCCGCACGCUCCUCCCCCUCCUCCUCUCCCCCAUUCCCAUCUCCACCUUCCUCCUCCUCGCCGCCCUCUUCCGCCUCCGCUCCCCGCCGCCCAACUCCGUCGCUGCCGCGGCCGCCGUCGAGGAGGAGGUAACCCCAGGUCUCUCGGAACCCAAGCCCGAGGCCAAGGCGGUGGAAUCCACCGAUUACCAUCAAAAUGUGAUCUUUCGCGAUGCUUUCGCCGACUGCCUCCGCUGGAGCGGACCGCUCGAGGUCAUAUACGAAGACUACGAGGGGGAGGAAGAGAACGAGGAGUCCCGCUGCAGAGGACGCUCGCAGGAACAACACUCGAAGUGGGCCCAAAAUGAAAAUUUGGGAAGCGGGCGACUGUGGCCACUCCGGUUCGCGUGCGACGACUCCGAUACCGACAGCGAGGGCGGCUCCCCGGCCGCGUCGGGGUCGAGCUCGCCGGCGGAGCCCCGGCUCCCGUGGGAGGACGAAGAGCAAGGGGACGACAUGAUCGAGAUCGAUCUCGAGGAGGAGAACCUCAUCGAAAUUGAUAUCUCUGGCGGUCGGUGAUCGAGAGGUCGCUACCGUCGCCAGCGGCGGCGGAGCGGAAGAGGGAGUUUUCUGUGACCGUCGUUUUCGGUCUGUAGACAACUUUGCUUGAUGACAUAAUCCAUCAGGCAACACAAUAGGACGAGUUUGUAUUCGACAAGAAGAAAAAGGACUACAACAUCAAAUACGGAUUUCCAUCUCAA